UUGAGGAGAGGACCUUUAGCGGUCGCACAGAUUCAAUUUCCAAGGCUGAAAACGACAGUAAGGAGAGACAUUAAAAGAAAGUUGUAGGACAAAAAGAGUUUUACAAAUAUACAGUAGCAAGAUUUCCAGUCAUCAAAACGACACUGCUGUUCUUAGGAUGGCUGACUUGGACCUGAAUGAUGCACUACAUGAAAGCACUCUCAAUGUCGAGCCAGAAAUUAAGAGGGAUUUCAUUGCUUCUCUGGAGGCAGAGAAAUAUGAUGAUGUUGUUGGAGAAAGUGUGACGAAAGAAAGUUAUGUUCCACUGCUGGAUGAUGAGACAAAAUCGCCUCCUUCAGAGGCUAAAGAGAAUGUUAUGGUGCACUUGCAUGAAGAGACUGCACCUGAACAAAGUGAUGGGGGCCAAUUGGCAGAACGCCCUGGGGCAACUGAACAGGAAUCAGCAGAGUUACCCAAUGGAGAGCAUGGUGUCGGAAAAACUGACGGCAUGGAAAUACACAAAAGACCUCUGGGUAUCGAUCCACUGUCUUUUGGUUUUGAUUCUUACAUAGAAGGAGCAACAAUGGAGACCAUUUCACCUUCAGCGCAGAUGGGCACAGAACCUCCCUUCAGCACUCCUGGUAUUUUGGAAAGACCUGAUACCAAGGAGCUGUUCAACUUGGAAACAGUGUUACUUCCUGAACAUGAGAUGAAAGGUGCAACAAUGUCUUGUCCAGCACUUCAACACCUGAACUCUCUGGUCAAAGUUACAGAAGAGCUGUCAUCUGAAGAAAAGAGAACCUCCGAAUGCUCCCUAGUUUCUUCUGAAGAGAUGGCUCACCCACAAGAACAAAUGCUUGAUUCCACGUGGCAAGCCACAGAUUCCAUGGCUACAGUUACAGCACCCUUAGCAUUUGAAGAAGACCUUUGGGUUAAUCAGGAGGAAGUAACAAAUAGCAGCACCACACUUUCACCAGCAGAACAAGAACUGAGCACAGAACUCUCAGGAAAUCUGGCUGAAGUAAACCUAUGGGAAAAAGAGACAUUACUAACUGAUUCACCAACCAAACCAGCUCAGCAGCAUAUGGAGUCUACACAGGAAGUAACAGAAGAAUUUGGUGUGCCAUUCCUCAGCCUGCAUCAAGCUGAAUCAUCUUUCCACCCUGUAGACCGUUGUGACCCAGAUCUGAGUAGCACUCGCUUAAUGGAUGAUCGUUCGCCAGUUUCAAACAUAGCCAAGACCACUGCUGCAGUUGAUACUGUACUGCAGACGCCAACAAAAUAUUCACCAACCAGCCCCCAACAAGAGAAUUUGAGCUGUGAGGCAAGACUUCCUCCAUCCACGGAACCAUUUUCACCAGCCUGUGGGAAUUUUGAUUCAUCAGUGGGUGCUGUGGAUCUUACUAACAACACCACAGAGAUUGCUGUCUUACCUACAAAAACCGUGUUACUAGAUCGAACCCCUGGAAAAGUUAAGCUUGCAGAGGCAACUUCAGAAAUCGCACAGAAUAUAGAAUCUCCAGUUGUAAAAGUGGCUGUGGAGAAGAAAAAGAAAAAGAAAAAACGCUCACAUCCAAAAGGAGCCCAACCUCCUGCAAUGGAUAUGCAUGCUAAAGCCAAAGAAGUUCAAGCAAUUGUUUCUGACCAGCGACUAGAAGGGCCACCUAGAGGAACAGGGGAGCAUAAGGAAAAUGUGUUGAACAGUGAGGGGUCAUCUAAAGAGGCAUCAGGGUUACAAGUAAAAACGCAGGUGGCUGGGGGUGUGCCAAGUCAAAGCAGUGUUUGGGCAUCUGAAAGCUCAGAUAGUGAACUAGCACAUCAGCCACUGCACCACACUAAAACACCUUCAGAGAGCGAUGUAAGAGCUGUUGUUGAGAGCCAAAGAAGCGAGGCAGCUCAUGCAGCUAACCAGUCACAAAUGGAGAGAAUGUCAGAAGUGGAAUGGACACACAACACUCUGGAUUGUUGGAGCAGAGAAGUUACCGCUUCUGAGUUCCUCCAAGCAUCCAAGAUGGAAGAGAAAGUAGAACAUCCUUUAGAACUUUGGGGUGAAAAUAUCAUUUCACCUAACUCUCAGAAAAAGACUGAAGUAAGCAGGGUAGCACCACUGACUCCUCUGGAAUUAGAUGGUCAAGAAUAUACUCCCCCUCAGUCAAAGGAAGUACCUGAAAUGAAGGUGAAGGAAGGGCCUUAUCUAGCACAUAUAAGUAAAGAACCUACUUCCCCUGGGUCAAAGCAAAUGUUUGAGGCGAAUGAAAUGACAGUACGUGAGGAUAGCCAAAUUACUGUCUUUAGGUCACAAUUGCCCUUUGAGGUGAAAGAAGUGGCAGACACCCUGCUGGAAAGUAAAAGUGGAGGAAACCAUUCCCCCAAGUUUCAGCAAACAUUUGAGGUAAAAGAAAAGACAGAGCCCCUUACAGAAAAUGCAGAUAGAGAACCUUCUCUCCUUGAGUCAUUGAAAGUGCCUGAGGGAAAGCAGAAAGAGUCUUCGCCAGAGCAUGUGGCUGGACUCGCUCCAUCCCAUCAAUCAGGGGAAAUGUCUGGGGUGAAUAAGAUGGCAGAGGCCCCUCUCAACCUUGUGGAUACAGAAGCAACUUCCCCUGAAUCAAAUAAAAUAUCUGAAGUGAAGAUGAUGACACCGAUCCCUCUGAAUAAUGAGAGUAGGGAAACCAGUUCCCUUGGGUUAAAACAAACCCUUGAGGUGAAAGAGAUGGCAGAAACUUCUCUUGCACAAUUGAGUACAGAAACUGCUCCCUCUGAUUUAGACAUUUCUGAAGUGAAAGGGGUAGUUGCUAUUUCUCUAGAAAAUUGUGAGAGUAAAAUUGCCCCAGUUGAAGAACAGAAGUCUGAGGGAGAAAUAUUGGUUGAAAGUACGCUGUGUUGGAACAGAGAAACUGCUCCCUCUGAGUUGCAGCAAAUGCCUGAGGUAAAUGAGGUGGUGGAGAAACCUUUAGAAUGUUGGGACAGGGAAAUUUCUCCUCCUGACUCUCAAACAUUCAAUGUGAAGGAAUUAGUGGCAAGCCCUCCAGAAGGUCCAAAUAAGGAAACUGGUUCCCCACAGCUGCAGCAAACGUCUGAGAUGAAGAAGGUGAUGGAGGUUUCUCUGGAAUAUCCAAAUAAGGAAACUGGUUCCCCACAGCUUCAGCAAACAUCUGAAAUGAAGGAAAUGCUGGAGAGUCCUCUGGAACAUCCAAACAAGGAGACUGACCUCUCAGAGGCUCAGCAAGCAUCCGAGGUAAAUGAGAUGGUGAAGAGUCCUAUGGAAUAUCAAGAGGGUUUUCCAAAGUGCACUGACCAAGUCACUUCGUCUUCUCCAAAACAAGGAACACUCAAACUGCUGGAUGAUACUGAGGAAAAAGGUUCCAAGGCAGUCUCGAAAAAGGAAGCAGGCCCGAAAGUCCUCCAAAAACGAGGAUUCCCUAAAGGUACUUUGCAAAGAGAAACUGGAGCAAAAGUGUCUUCUGACCAGCAGAGGGCUACAAAGACAUCAAUGCAACCAAAAGUAAUGAAGGUUCCCAAUCAGCGCCAGAGAGAUGUUAAACAACUUGGGUCAGAGAAGAUUGGCGAAAUAAAUGUACAGUCUGAUCAGGAAGGACAUCUGGAUAAGCAUUCUCGACAAGAUGAAGCCAAACCUGAAGAAUCAUCAGAAGGUAUGGUUGGAACAGAAAGUGCUGUAACCUCCAAAGAGCGUCCAUUGAGCACAGAUGCAAAGGGAAAGACGGGCACGCCAGCUGCAAAGACCUCACCAACCAAAAGUAAGCCACAGCCACCAGCCUCCCUUAAGCGACCUCCAGCAACUACUACCAGCCCCAAUAAAAAACUUGUUACAUCCACUUCAGCUACAACAGCAGCUACUACUUCUAAGCGAGUUCCUUCUAAUCUGGUGCGACCUUCCUCUGCGACUACCAAAGAGAUGAAACCAAAGGCAACUGAGGCUAAGAGCCCAGUGAAGCUCCCCUCAACCAGACCAUCGUCUGCAAGUGUGACAAAAACAGCUAGCAACACUACUGUUAAGAGCAGUACAACAUCAUUGCAAAAGAUGUCAACUGCUCCUGGGUCCACUCAGAGAAACAACAUGCUGUCCAACCCUAAAAGACCAACAUCUAUCAAGACUGAACCCAAGUCUGCAGAGAUGAGGAAGUCUCUGUCUGCAAAAUCACCCUUGGGUGAGACAGGUCGUCCAAAGACUGCUUCUUCAACCUCUAUUAAGAGCACUGGUACUACUCCAAGUACACCAAGCACCCCAAUGGGUGCCAGUACCCCUGCAACACCAUCAUCCAACACCUCUCGGCCACCUAGAACAUUGGCAUUGAAGACAACAGCUGCUUCAGAGGCAAAGAGAGUUGCACCCAUUCCCCGUGCUCCUUCAAAACCCACUGUAGCAACAGCUCCAAAGCAGCUACGACCAACGAGUGCUCCAGCGCCAGACCUAAAAAAUGUCAAGUCGAAAAUUGGAUCCACAGAUAAUAUCAAGCACCAACCUGGAGGAGGGAAGGCUAAACCAGUAGAGAAAAGACCUGAACCGGUAAGAUUGAGCCGAAAAGCUGAAUCCAGCACUGUGACUCGAGUUACUAAAACCACAACCAUGAAAGAUAGCCAAAAACAAACCAAUGGCAAAGUCCAGAUUGUGAACAAAAAAAUCGACUACAGUCAUGUGCAGUCAAAGUGUGGUUCCAAGGAUAACAUUAAGCAUGUUCCUGGUGGUGGUAAUGUGCAGAUUCCAAAAACUAAGCUGGAUGUGAGCCGUGCAUCGUCCAAGUGUGGAUCCAAGACAAAUCUGAAACACAAAGCAGGUGGUGGGGAUGUGAAGAUAGAGACCGCUAAGACUGAUUUUAAGAACAAAGCAGAGUCGAAAAUUGGAUCCUUGGAUAACCUCAACCAUAUUCCAGGAGGAGGUAACGUGAAGAAUGAGGGUGAAGAAGAAUCAGAGUCAGCAACGAUCAGUCAGAUUCCAGAAAAUGGGGAUCUGACAGGACAAGCUGAGAGUGUGACACAGCAAAAUGGAGUAGGGGAGGACCCCACUGCCAGGUCUGCCGAAACUCACAGCCAAGAGUUACAAAUACAGGAGACAUAUUGAAUCUCGCAAGUUGACGUUCCGUGAGAAUGCCAAAGCCAGGACAGACCACGGAGCAGAUAUUGUGUACAAAUCCCCCAACGUUUCAAACAAUACCUCUCCUCUCUGCAGCAUGUCACUGACAGAAAGCCUCAGUUCCCUUGGGUCACCGCAGCUUGCUACUCUCACUGAAGACCUGUCUACCGUUCUAGCACAGCAGAGCUUGUGAAUUUUUCUUUCCUUCCUUCUUGUUCUUUUCAAACUACAUUUAACCAAAACAAGAAGUUUAGCCUCAUUAACAGGAUUUGUGCUUUUAAAAAGGAUUUGUUCCUAUUGAGUUAUUUCGGGGCUGGGUAGCUUUACUGCAACCUUUUAUCUUAAACAUCCAUAACACAGGUGUGAAUUACCACUCCCUACGGGACAUUGUGAGCAAUAACUUACAUGUUUGUGUUCUUUUGGGGUGAUAGCCUAGCUCAUUGCUUUGAUAGAGAAACCAAUGUCUGCUACAACAAUUUGGAGACUGAGUAGUGGAGUCUGCUGGAUCAUCUGUUAAUCAAUGAAUAAUGUUCAAGGGUGCUACUUCUGGUUAAUUCAAACACCCUAAUCCAACCCAAAUAUAAAACUUGCCUUCCCAACAGCCAUUUAACUAAAUUAAAAGAUUCAUCUGUAGUUUUUAUCUUUAUUCUUCUCCAAACUGUACUUUUGUUUAGUACCCCCAUCCAGUAAAUUCUAAAAGCAGUUCUAAAUUAACAUUUAAAAAAACAUUUUGCCCUUCUGUUUGAAUUGGUAACAACUUAUGAAAAUUCUAAUUCCACGUUCUUUUAACAGUCACUGCUUUCCAAAUUCUUCCUUUUCCUUCAAAUAAAUAAUCAAUAUCAUUAGAGUAAAUAUUAAGAAUAAGUUGAGUUUACUUGCACAUUGAGAAAGGAAAGAGGAGGGCUGGAGAAGUACAAAGAUCAUUUUGAUUUUAAAGAAGGUGUUUGGGAUGAAUACUGGCAAGAAAUUUUCAAACCUUAAAGGUUUGUUUAAGAGCUUUCUUAAAACAAAGCACCAAUUUUAUUAUUGUAUAGAAUGAUGCACCAUAGAAAGUGGCUAUUGAUUACUUUCCCCUUGUGAAAUUCUGUAAUCUCUUGGCCAUGUUUCUCUCUGUGCUACUUGCUAGAUUCCUAUACCAUGAGAACUGUGGUUUGAGAAUUGUUCAUUGCUCACUUCCCUUUUAGGCAUUUUAAUGGAAUCAUAGAAUCUUCCAUAACAGCUCUGCCAACUCCUUAUAGAGCUUUACCCCUAUUACUCUCUCUCUUUCCCCAAUACCCUUUACUACUUGUUUAUUUUCAAUUUCUUAGUGGGUCAACAUUUCCACCUCUGGCUGUGAAAUACAUUAAUUACACACUCAUUACUGAGUCUGGUGUUUAAGUGCAAAAUGAUUUUAUUGUCAGUCGGACAUCUACACCCGGUGAAAUGGAUAUUUCAGCCAUAAUGAGAACUGAGGGGGAUAAAGGUCAACCUGUACCUGAACCACUUGAAAUUGUUUGGAGGUUCAACUGAGUUGCAAGUAUUCAGAGCAAGCUGGUUUGAUGCUCAGUACAAUAACAAGUGGGUGCUCUUUAAAACCAGCACUCUUAAGUCACAUUGUUCGAACUGAUCUUGACUGAGGAUAGAUGGGAUAAAAAUAAUUGAAAUGUAAAACCAUGAACCUGCAGAGAAUGGUUAUGGAUACUUUUGCAGUCCAGUGUGUGCACUGCAUAGAGAUCUAUUGAAGCUGUGGGUGCUGAAUCCAUUCACUCAAACCCAAUUUCUGCAGUUUCCUAAUUCUUAGAACCUCAAGCCAUGGGCUUGUCCCUCCCAGUUAGCAUUCUGCUUUUGGUGAAUAGAGUAUGGCAAGGGAAAAGUGAAGAAACAGAAGUCAUUAUAUCCAAGAUGCUGGAAAUACACACCGGUUUGUCAGGACCUUUGCGCACGCAGAGGUAGUUAAGUUGAAAUGUUAAUUCUGCCUUCCUCCUUCAGAGGUGAGGUGCUGUGUUUUGACUCUUCUCCUCCUUUCAGUUGAAUGUCACAUCCUUAGAAACCUUCUCCAUCGUAAAAAAAAAAGUAUAGUUAAAAUGUUCAAUCCUCCAGUGUGGUCUGAUUUUAUUUUUAAGCACCUCUUAGCCACUUUUAAGAGUGUUUAAUUUAAAGCACAUCCCCAAAUGAUACUAGGUUGUAAAGGGAUUGUAUUGCUUUAUUUUUAGCAUCUUUGGACUACAUGUACAAUUGUGUUAGAGGCACCUUUCAAAAUGUGUACUUGCAGUAAAGUUGAAAUAUCUCAAUACCACCCUUCAAUCCAAUUAAAAUAAGCCUCAGGGGUAAUCUAUCCAGCCAGAGAAUCCUGGUGGAAGGGAAAUUUGGUUAGGGGGAGGAAUGCGGUCACAACUGGAUUUUUCAGUAUAGUGAUUCAAAGCCAUUACCUGCUUUUCCUGCAUUAAGAACAAGUCCUGUUAGUAAAUAAAACAGAGGCCUCUUUCCCCUCACUCUUUGCAGCUUCUCGAUUUCCGCAUGGGUGUUUAAAUCUGUUUUUAAAAAAACUGUAAAUUGUUUUAACUUGUAGAUUUCUUCAAAAGUUAAUCUUUGGUGAUGAAGUACUGACUAUUGUAAAAUGAGUGGUGAUUUAAAAAUACAAUUAACUUUGUUUUCUAAGCAAUAUAAUCUUAAAGGUUGUGUCCAGUCAAGCACCAAGUUAUGAGGAAGUGUGGUUUCGGGCAGGAUAAUAGACUGGUUUAGUGUCAUCCAGGAAAGUUUGUUUGGUAUAGAAAGCAGGCAGGUGUACGUGGACGUGAUGUUUGUGCAGUUAUAUGAAAUGAAAAGCAAGGAAAGAGACUUUUAAAACAAAUCUUGGUCAUAAAGCAAUGUGAAGUAAUGAGCCCAAUUUUAAUGGACAAUGACAUUAAAGUUAGUCACACGUUGGUAGCUACCAUGACCAAUGAGUGGAGAUCUGGGCCUUUGUGCCUUUUGUGUGUAUUUAAUUUUGAAAAACAUGCAUUUGCAUGAUUCAUGAUUGGUGAGAGAUAUUGUGUUCAGUAACUGCCCUCCAAAGAUGAAGAUCAGACCAUAAACUACUGAGAUUGUCUUCACCAGCACAAAGUAUCUGUCUGAACAGCGCAGAGAUGAAAUUCUGCAGAGCAACUCCAGAAAUGUGUGUCACAUUGUUCCCCUGCACAGAAUUUUAAAAUUUGCAUGAGCUGAGAAGGAAGUCAUGAGCUACAGAUGUCUCCUUCAGUUUGUGAAAGGACAGUACAAAGUCAACAAGUGAGACCUGGGUGUCACCAUAGGCACUGAGUUCACCACCUCUCCUCAAUAGUAUACUAUCUGUAGUGGGAGGUGAACACAUAAAGUUUGGCUUCCUUAUUUGGGAUACAACUGAGAGAUGUUUCUGUUGGUGAGUUAAUCUCUGCCUAAUUUUGGGAGGUAGGGCCAAACUGAUAAAUGCAGAUGAAGGUAGGGUUAACAGUGAAAGAUCAUCCGUGAAUCUGGAUUUUACAACAGGACUUUACUUUUCAUGUAAAGUUGAUUAUUCUAGUGUAGAAUUAAUGUUUGCUUUAUCAAGAUUUGGUAGACAAUAUUAACUCUGGUGUUGCCAUUUGUCGUGAAUUUACUGCCUCUGCUCUUAUCUGUCCCAAUACCAUCACUGCUUCUCUCCAGCCUUGCAAUGUAUUUGUAUUCGUAGCUGCACUUAGCCUUUUAAACACUAUUCAAAAUAGCUCGUGUUUAAUAUAGAAAUAUAUUUUCUGUUAUUGUUUACACUUAACUCAAAAUAGCUCUAGAAGAUGGCUGUUUAUAACAACAGUUUUAUUCUCUGCACUAAUGUUCAGGUGUGUGUUGAGAGAUUGAAAGGACUGUGUGGCAUUUUGAGUUAUCUUUUUUAAAGACUAAAGUUUGUUUUGUAUGUGUGUGUUUUCAGAACUUCACCAGUGGAAAGAUAGCAACCUCACUUUGACUGGUCCUUAGAUCAAUGACUUCAGCAUUAUGAUAGUACAGUUUGUGCCCAAAAGCAGUUUUAUUUUUGUGAAUGAGGGUGGGUAUAAGAGCUAUCUAGGAAAACCAAGACUCCAGUGAAUUACUGUCCUGGAGUUACUGGAAGUUUAGCAUUGUUCAUCCUUGUCUAAUAUGGAUAUACUUUUCAUACAUGUAUUGUCAGGUUUGUUUUUCUUUUCUCAUCCGUUACAAUCAUCCUCACUUCUUGAAGGAGGACUCACGUUGGGGCUGUACUAUUUUGUUGGUGAGGUAAUUCUGAUUUGCUCAUCAAUGUGGCCAUUCCCAAUAAACUGUAAGUAUCCCAAUGCAUGUGUCUCUAACAGAACACAUUGUAUAGCAAACAGGAACACCUCUCUAGCUGGUCAGAUCAUCAGUUUAAAAUUGUGUUCCUUGAGAAUACUGUAGCAAGUCUUCAGAAUUUACACUAGGAACAGGAGGGGGAGUUCCUAGUUUUGGAAGCUUUUCUGCUGUUAGCUUAUCUCAGUAGAUUCAUCAAGUAGUUUAGUGUCAUUGGCUGUAGUGGAUCCCCCAGAUUAUUGGUUAUCUUUCAGAUCACUUUGUUCCCAGUGCAUCUUCUAUUGCAGUUUCACAUGUUGUAGCGGGCUGAUAAUGGGAUCGCCUUUGCUGUUUAAACCAGUCUUAUUGGAUAUUCUGUACACAAUGUCUGGGGAGAAUUAAGGAGCCCCAGCAAAAGUUUGUGCCCUUCAGGAGAUGGAAGAGUAGAAAUUAGCAAGAGAUGUUAAAGAAAUGGAGAGGUAUUAAUGACAUUUAUUGGGGUUUUGUAUUGGCUUUUAGAAGCACCUUUGUUGUGAAUCAGUCUGCUUUGUCCUUUCCUUCCAACUUCGUAAUAGGGGAAAAAAAAUGUUAGGACAAGUGUUUGGUGGGCCAUUCUCUGUUUGCAAUAACUUGCUAAAAAUCUAUUGCGAAGAGCCAUUGCUUUUCACCUUUGUUACAUUUACUGGUGGAAUUAGAUUAGAUUCAUUUCAGUAUAAGAACAUACAUUUGAACAGAAUUGAUUUUAGGACAAAAGUGGGAUUGCUGUGGGCAUGAGAAUCCCAUGACAGAUUGGUUAGGUUUACAAUUGUGUUGAAAAAUGCUAUCAAAAACGUUUUGCAUCCAACCGUUUGUAAAGAAUUGUACAAUCCGCUCAGUGCGAGUAUUUCAGAUGUUAUGUGCAUGUGUAUUUGUUUCCAGGAUCAAUUUUAAUGUGAUGUUCGUGCUGCUGUGAUUGUGAUUAUUUCCUUUUGCGUCGACUUUGCCUUUGUGUGGCUUAAUGUGAAUUGGUCUGUACCAGGAGCAAGUGAUUCUUAGACCUCAUCUGAAUGCCAUGUGUGUUUUUAAAACCACCAUACCACUUCCCGGUAUCACCUGGAGUAGAAAGAUAUUGUUGUAGUGGGAUUAUGGGUAGUCAAGACAAACUGAGGAAACUGUAGUACUUCCACAACUGGCAUCAGCACCUUCUAAGCUGAGAGGGGGAUCUGGAAACCAGCUUGGGCUGUCAUUUCUAAUGGCUAUCCCGAAUCUGACUCUGGUACUAAUGUACCUAAUUGAUGUCCAGAGCGAAAAAAAAGAGUUGGUUUAGACUGCUUCUGUAGACAAAUAGCUCACCCAGACUUGCAUGCAAUGAUUAGUCACGGGCAAGAUGCUUACAAAAGCAAAGAUCGAACUCUUUAGUACAAAGGGAGGUGGGGAAGAACCUGGUAAACCAUUAAAAUGUGGUCGUUACUGAGAGCCACUUUAGGGAAUGUGUAAAUGGUAUUUCAAUAAUCAGUGUGACUUGAUUCCAGAGGUAAUGUUCAAUUUGACUUGUAAUGUCCUCCUCAUCUUGACAUCGCCCUCCCCUCUCCUACUCCCCACCAUCCCAAAAAAUUAUCCCUGUAACUGACCACUGUGACUCUUGGCCACACCAGGUCAUCUCCAGAAUGAACAUAUUUGCUUGUGAAAUGUUCUUGAAUUAAUAAGCAAAAUUUUUUUUGAAUCUGCAUGUGCUACUUAGAUUUCGUUUUAAAAGUUCCUCUAUGGAAUUGUAGCAGUCAGCUUUAUUUGGUGGGGAGGGGGAAAGCAGUCAAAUAUUCAGUUCACUGGUAGUUUGCACUCCAGACUGGUUACCACGGAGUGUGGAACCCAGUGUGACCUGCAUCAGAUUCUAGAGCAGGAAUGUGAAGUGAGAGACAUUUUGAUUAAUAUUUAAUAAUGUAUAUUCUGUUCUAUAUAAAUUUUAAAACAAACACUGCAGUCCACUACAAGGCCAAUAUAUCCCUUCACAUGCCCUUAAAAAUAAUUGCUUGUGACCGUUGUGAGACUGGAUGACUUGUGGCUAGAUUGAAAUUGUGAAGAACCAGUGACUGACAGCUGGCAUUGAAAAUAAAUACAUCAAGUGUUGACUGUCCUUUUAAAAUAGGUUUCAUCAUCCAAAUUACAUUUUUGAUCUCGAACUAUUUCAAUUCAAAGGGACUUGGAUUCCCCCUUGGCACCGAAUUUAAAGUAUUGGGCCACCUUCAUCAGUCAUCUUGUAUUCAGUUGAUGCUGCAUUGUUAAGUGUCUCCUUGUUCAUGAUUCACCUCCCAGACUUUAGAUCAGUAGUUCCUUCAACUAGUGAUCCUACCAUCACCCAGCCAUCAAGACAAUUCAUACUCAAAAAAACAAAUUCAAAAGAAAAGAGAGGCAAGAAAAAUACUGAUGAUAUUUAGUGUGAAAAUGUGAGGAUGAGAAAAACCCAUUGUUGUGACAAAAACAUCGAUUCCCCACCAGUCUAUUCUACCUUUCUUCUCUUUUACUUACUUUCCUUCUUGCCCCCUCCUCCUCCAUCUCCUUCCCCUUUUCUUUGACUUUACUACUCUCUUUCCUCCUUUCCUUCACACUAUCUGCAUUUUGGACUGUAUAAGCCUGUAGGCAAUUUGGUCUUUUCUUUUUCCCGAUCAUUACAUAUUUUAAGAGGUUUGUUUUAAAUCAUUUUCUUUCAAUUUUUUUUUGCUUUUUGAUGAGACUCUUAACGAUCUUGUAAUCUCAGUUGUGCCCUUCCAAAUUUCUUGUAGCUAUUUUAACCGAGCUGUCAUUUCCCAACAAAGAAACAAAGCAUCAUUCCACUAAGGUCACAGAGCACAACAUCAAGGCAUGAAUUCUUUACAGUGAAGGUCUUUUGUUUUGACAAUUUGAAAUGAGAGAAGCGAGAUGUUUUUUAAAAAAAAUUGUUACUGAAGAUCAAGGAACAUGGGUUGACAUUUCUGUUUUGAGUUUUUUUGAAACCUAUAAAUGGAUUUUAAACAGAGUAAAAUGGCUCCAGCAGUGACUACCUGGUGAGGGUGUACAGUAUUUCUGCUGCUGCUGUUGUCAACACAUUUAAUGUUCCAGAAUUUUCUUCUCGCUUUUGCUGUUUGGCUGCUGAUAACCAACAUCUUUGUGACAGAACUCAAUUCCCAUUGUUCAGUCCUUAUUGUAAAAGUAAAAGUUUGAAAUAAAGCUUAUAUGUUGAUGUUA